CGCCCGGGCCCAUAAAGGCGGUGCGGCCGGCAGAGCAGGACGCGGGGUAGCUGGCGGGACGGGGCUGCGCGGCCUGUGCCGCUCGGGUCGCGGCGUCGGCUUCCCCCGGCCGCCGCCGAGGGCUGCCGGAGCUCCGCGCCGCCUUGCCCGGACAGCGGCCGCCGAGGGCUGCCGGAGCUCCGCGCCGCCUUGCCCGGACAGCGGCCGCCGAGGGCUGCCGGAGCUCCGCGGUCCCAUGGAGAUCUCUCUCAAGUACCUGCCCGGCGGACGGGCGGCCGCCAGCGGCAGAAAUAUGAUGGCUCAGUCAGAUUUAGAUCUAAAAGAGGCAGCUCUGAAAGAAGAUUUGAAGUUUUACUUCAUGAACCCAUGUGAAAAAUACAGAGCAAGACGUCAAAUUCCAUGGAAACUGGCUUUGCAGAUUUUGAAGAUACUUAUGGUUACUACUCAGCUUAUCUUUUUUGGUUUGAGUAACCAGUUGGUGGUCUCAUUCAAAGAGGAAAACACUAUUGCUUUUAAACACCUAUUCCUGAAAGGCUAUACUGGAGCUGAUGAAGAUGACUACAGCUGCAGUAUAUAUACACAGCAGGAUGCCUAUGAUAGCAUUUUUUAUGUUAUUAAUCAGUACAAGCAAUUAAAGAACAUAUCCCUGGGGACGCUUGGUUAUGAACAUGAAGGAUCAGGUUUAAAAAUCUGUAAACAACAGUACAGGAAAGGCACGAUGCUUCCUUCCAAUGAUACACUGAACAUAGAUGUUUCUACGGAAACAGAAUGUAUCUUUUUAAAGCCACAGGAGCUAGCUGGUAAGAGGGCUGAACUGAAGCUGAACUCCUCUUUUUUCAAUCUUGAAUUUUACAGACUUAUACAGGUUGAAAUCUCCUUCAAGCUAAAAGGCAUUGCCCUACAGACAAUCCAUGCCCGUGAAUUGCCCGACUGCUAUGCAUUUCAAAAUACUAUAACUUUCAAUAACAGAGCCCACAGUGGAAAAAUCAAAAUUUACUUUGAUAGUGACACUGAUAUUCAAGAAUGUAAAGACUGGCAUGUAUUUGGCUCUGUUCUCCAGAAAAACACUCAGUAUAUUCUAGUCUUUGAUGGAUUUGUCAUUUUAAGUUGCUUUGCUUCUCUCAUCCUCUGUACACGAUCCAUUGUUCUUGCCUUGAGACUACAAAAAAGAUUUGUGAACUUCUUCUUGGAGAAAUAUAAGCGUCAUGUCUGUCAUGCUGACCGCCUGGAGUUCAUAAAUGGAUGGUAUGUCCUGGUAAUUAUCAGUGAUGUGAUGACAAUCAUUGGGUCAAUCCUAAAAAUGGAAAUAAAAGCCAAGAACCUUACAAGUUAUGAUGUCUGCAGCAUUUUACUUGGAACAUCAACUUUGUUUGUCUGGGUUGGAGUCAUCAGAUACCUGGGAUAUUUUCAAACCUACAAUGUGCUCAUUUUAACUAUGCAAGCAUCAUUGCCCAAAGUGCUAAGGUUUUGUUGUUGUGCUGGGAUGAUUUAUCUUGGCUAUACUUUCUGUGGUUGGAUUGUCCUGGGACCCUAUCAUGAAAAGUUUGAAGAUCUGAACACAGUGGCUGAAUGUCUGUUUUCGUUGGUCAACGGUGAUGAUAUGUUUGCAACAUUUGCUCAGAUCCAGCAGAAGAGCACAUUGGUGUGGGUGUUCAGCCGGUUAUAUCUGUAUUCCUUCAUUAGUCUGUUUAUAUACAUGAUCCUCAGCCUCUUUAUUGCUCUCAUUACCGACUCCUAUGACACUAUAAAGAAAUACCAACAAAGUGGGUUUCCAGUAACAGAUCUACACGAAUUUCUAAAAGACCAUGGCAGUGUUGCUUACAGAAAAGAAAGUACUUCCAUGCCAUUCAUCUGCUGCUGUAGGAGACAACAGAGUGAUGACAACCUGAUACUUCUUAAUUGAUGAUUACACAUUGAAGUUUGUUGCUAAUAUAUGCAAAGAAAGCAUAGUUGUAUGGAGAAAAAUAAUUCUCCAAAUUGCAAUGAAACCCACUAUCUGGACCUGCCUCAUUGUGAAUGGGACUAAUCUUGCCUAAUUAAGGUGUUGGGAGGAGAAAAGCUGCUAAUAUGACAUCAGCUGGCUGACCAGGAGGAGAGCCCAGAAGCUGGAUCUGGAGGAGAGCUGUGAAGAACUCUAUAUUCUUGCCCCAAGUCUGUUACGUUAAAGAAGGCUGAUCAUGGAGCAGUGUCUGUGGGAGCCCUGUUCCUCACCUCUGGGAGGAGGAAAAGCAGCCUUGAAGCAACUGCUGUUGUUAAUACAGAAAAAAAAUGCUUGAAAAAUAUAUACAUACUUUUUUUUUUAAUAGUUCCAUACUAAAAAAUAUUCAAGAUGAAGUAUUCAGGGAGAAGGGAGGAGUUUUUUGUUUGAAGUGAUGCAUUUGGCAUUGUGACUGUAAUUUCUACUUGGAACAAUUCAUUUCAUUGAAAUAAAUGUAUGUAAAACUACA